AUGGGCCUACUGUGCAUGCUGCAGGAACUGCUGGAGACUGCAGGCAGGGUGCAGAAGCUGUGUCCGGGGCCUCAGGCCCAUGCGGUGCAGCAGAGGCAGCAAGCUGUGACGCAGGCGUGGGCAGUGCUGCAGCGACGCAUGGAGCAGCGCAGGGCCCCGCUGGAGCGGGCACGCCUCCUGGCCCGCUUCCGCACAGCGGUGCGUGACUACGCCCCCUGGGCAGCCCGCAUGCGCCAGGACCUGCAGGUGGAGGAGAGUUCGCAAGAGCCUAGCAGCGGCCCGCAGAAGCUCAGUGCCCACCAGUGGCUCCGGGCGGAGCUGGAGGCCCGGGAGAAGCUGUGGCAGCAGGCCACCCAGCUGGGCCAGCAGGCACUUCUUGCUGCAGGGACACCCACCAAGGAGGUCCAGGAAGAGCUUCGAGCCCUGCAGGACCAGCGGGACCAGGUGUAUCAGGCCUGGGCACGGAAGCAAGAGAGGCUGCAGGCCGAGCAGCAGGAGCAGCUCUUCCUCAGAGAGUGCGGCCGCCUGGAGGAAAUCCUCGCGCCCCAGGAGACUGCAACUGGAGGGGCUGGCUGGCUGGAAGGCUUGGUGGCCUCUUUGACUUUUCUGUGGAUCCAGGUCUCCCUGAAAACCAGUGCCUUGGGGAGCUCGGUGGAAGAGGUAGAGCAGUUGAUUGGCAAGCACGAGGUCUUCCUGAAGGUUCUGACUGCCCAGGACAAGAAGGAGGCAGCCCUGCGUGAGCGGCUGAAGACGCUCCGGCGCCCCCGGGUGCGGGACCGGCUUCCCAUCCUGCUGCAGCGCCGGGCUGAGGACUGGAUCCAGGCGUGGGCCCAGCAGCUGAAGGAGCCGAUCCCUCCUGGGGACCUGAGAGAUAAGCUGAAGCCCCUGCUGAAACACCAGGCCUUUGAGGCUGAAGUCCAGGCCCAUGAGGAGGUCAUGACCUGUGUUGCCAAGGUAACAACAGGGCCCUCAGCCCCAUGCCUGCCCCAAAGUGUGGCCCAGGGGCCAUGUCAGUCUUAGGAGGAAGUGCAGCAGGCAAGAUGUCCUGUGUCCCCUCUCUCCCUCCAGAAGGGAGAGGCUCUCCUGGCACAGAGUCACCCUCAAGCCGGAGAGGUCUCCCAGCGGCUGCAGGGCCUGCGGAAGCACUGGGAGGACCUGAGGCAGGCAAUGGCCCUCAGGGGCCAGGAGCUGGAGGACAGGCGGAACUUCCUGGAGUUCCUGCAGAGAGUGGACCUUGCAGAGGCCUGGAUCCAGGAGAAGGUGUAGCCCCAGCUGGGUGGGGGCUGAGAGAUGGGGGGAGGAGCCCUCCCUUGACAGGAGGGAUCCCCAGCAGCAGGUGCCAGGAGCCUGGGCUGGUGCUCAGAGCGCUCCCUCCCCACCCUCGGCCUUCACAGGAGGUGAAGAUGAAUGUUGGUGACCUGGGCCAGGACCUGGAGCACUGCCUGCAGCUCCGACAGCAGCUCUGCGUGUUCCGAGGAAACUCAGCCGGGGUAAGGGGGCCUUGCUGGGUAGAGGUUGGCCAUGCAUCCCGCACUGAAAAUCCAACUGAGAGCAGGGAAAGAGUGUGGGCUGUAGAGCAGGGCGUGGGCGCCAUGCCUGCUCCUCCUAUGCCCUAGGGCAGGCUCCCUCCUCUCACCCGCCUUCACUCCUUCCUCUUUAGAAUGGGGGUAGCACCCACCUCAGAGGUAAGAGAGCACGGGUGUGGUGGCAGGUACGUGAGUCUCUAGCUGUGAUAAAACUGCAUAGACCUAUCCCCCACUGCCCCGCACAGAUGCGUACUUGCAAAAACUAAUAAAAUCUGAAUGAGGUCUGGUCUAGUUGGUAGUAUUACACCAACGUCAGCUUUGUGGUUUUAAUGUUAUCAUUAUAUAGGAUGCUGCUGUAAGGGAAGCUGGGGAAGGGCACAGGGACCUCUCUGCAGGACUUUGGCAAUUUCCUGGGCAUCUAUAAUUAUUUCAAAAAAUCUUAAAAAGAUAGGACAUAUGCCUGGAUGUGGCAGAUAAUCAGCGCCCACCUUCACUGUGACUAUUUCAGCGUCUCAGCGUCUUCUCCUCACCCCACACCCUCCCCCUCACACAUACACACACCAAACAUCUAUUUCUCUUAUGUGGUAUACAGGGAAAAAAAAUGGCAAAUGUAUUGACAAUCAGGUGUUAAAGACCAAAUGUGCUAACCUUGUCCCCCGGUACAUGUAUGUAUUACUUUUUAAGAGGCGGCAGUGCUUACACCUAAGACAUCCCUUGUUAAUGGUGGAAUUUCACAGACGCUGUGCCAGAUGCUGCAGUAGGAAGAGAGCUAGACUCUAAAGGAGCUGGGCUUGAAUCCUGGCUCUGCCGCAAAGGAGCCAGGUUAGCCUCUGAGCUCUGCUCCGGCAUCUAUAAAAGGAGGGGAAUGUCCUUCCCUGCCUACCUUGCAUGAGGCACUUCAUAGGAAAGUGCUUUGGAAAUUUAAACAAGCUCUACAGAUGCCAGAGGCAGGAGAUCUGCAACCACACCCUGCGGUGGACCCCUCCCUGUGUACCUUUAAACCCCAUCCAGUGUCCAAGCAGCACCAGCCUCAGCUCAGAUGAGUCCUGGGGUGGGGACACCCAAACCACAGGAAGCCAGAGCUCACUGUUCCAUUCUACAACCUCCCUUUGCUUCUUUUCAACCAAGAAGCUGAAUUUUCAUUUUAAAAGUUUCUGUGGCUGGGCACAGUGGCUCACACUUGUAAUCCCAGCAGU